AUGGCGCAACCACCCCCAGCCAAACCACUUCCCAAAAACUGGCCCAAAGAAAUCCCCUACCUCAGCGCACCCCUCCGCUCACCAGCCCUAACCCCGGCCCAACUAGCCGCCAUCCGCACACCACCAUCCACCACCACCACCACCACCACACCACCCAGCACAAUCCCUCCCUCCUUCCCCCGCGGUCCCAACCCAGCCGUCGAGAUCCGCCCCAUCACGGACCCUCACCACCCAGCCCACGGCCAGGCCGGACUAUUCGCCACGCGCCGCCUCGAGCCCGGGACGUUGAUCCUGCCGUACCUGGGCGAGAUCCACCCGGGCGUCGACGCCACCGACGACAAAAACAACAACAACAACAACGACGACAACCACGAGCAAGAAUACGACUACUCCAAAUCAGACUACGACCUCUGGCUAUCCCGCGACGCCGACGUCGCCGUCGACGCCGCCCGCUGCGGCAACGAGGCCCGCUUCGUCAACGACUACCGCGGCGUGCCCGGUGCCUCCCGCGCCAACGCAGAGUUUCGCGAGGUCUGGGAUCCGCGGUGGCGGUAUCGUGCUGCUGCCGCUGCCGCUGACGGUGGUGGUGGUUGUGGUGGUGCAGGAGGGGGACCACCUGUCAUGGCUGCGCAGGCUGGCGAGUGGGGCAUGGCUUUGUUUGUGCUCCCGGUUGGGAAGAAGACGCUGGCUAGGAAGCAGCAGCAGCAGAGUGGGUCCGGGAAGAGGAGUGUAGGGGGCAUUGAGAAGGGGGAGGAGAUUCUUGUCAGCUAUGGCAAGGGGUUCUGGGAGAAGCGGAAAGAAGAGUCCGGCGAGGCACCAUGAGAGACCUUUUUUUUUUUUUUGUCUCUCUCUUUCAGUCUCACAGCAAAGACUGCGUUUGCUUGUAUCCCUCCGCAUCACUCAGCAACCACCACCAAGAGUGAACCCUCAUAUCGCAGGGGGUGUCACUCUAGCUUUUCAGGCUCAGCGAGUUGAUCAGAUGCCACCGGAGCUGCACAGUUGGAACAACUGGAUUGGACAGCUAGUCCUGUCCACGACACUUUGACCUACCCCAGACUUCUGAUUCUGUCAAAGAUUAUCGAAAUUGAUAUGAAACAGGGACGAGAGAGAGAGAGAGAGAGAAAAAAAAAAAAAAGAAAAGGUUCAGUGCAUCAAGGGAUGCG